UUCGAGCGCGGCGCAUCCGGGAGGGAAAACCAUCCUAACGAUCACAAUUUGAUCCUGCAGCGAUCCAAGCAAAGCCUCAACAAAAAUCAGCAUACUAGAAGUAGUUUAGUAUCCUCCCACUUAGCUUGAUCUCGAGUCCAAAGGAAAAGAAGAGAAGAGGAACACAGAAGUAGUUUGGCAGAUACGCUUUCAGAGAAUAUGAGGAAAUUUAUUCAUCUGCUCCUGCUUUCGGCAGUGGCAUUGCUUUCAAGUCAAUACACCGGUGUAUGUGGAGCCGAGUUGAGAACCAACAAGCAGGAUGGUCAAGAAACAAGAGAAGAUCGCAUUGCCAAGGUCCAGAGCAUUGCAUUAGAACGUGAGCUUGCACGUCGCCGAGGAGGUGGCGGCAGAGGUGGCGGCAGAGGUGGCGGCGGAGGUGGCGGCAGAGGCAAAGGUGGAGGAAAAGGCGGUAGUAUGAUGGGCGGCAGCAAGGGCAGCAAAGGAAAAGGUGGCGGGAAGAAACUCAGAUUCUUGCCUGAUAGAAUUGAGCCAAUCCCAUUUGUGAACUGUAUUCCGUUGCCACCAGGAUACGGUAACGACGGUAAGAAGAUGUCGAAGGGUGUCGGGGGAGGAAGCAGCAAAGGCAAAGGCAAAGGAAAAGGACACAGGAGAAACAGGAGAAACAUGAGGAGCGACAGCUAUAGGAUCCGAGAGCGUGUCUUGCGGUCCACACACGAUGACGCCAGGCGCCUUGGUCACCGAGGACGCAACCGUGGCGGACACAGAAAUGGAGCCAGGAAGAUGAACCACGGCCAAGAUAAGCACCGCGACCGCCCUAAUAUGAAUCACGGUAUGAAGAUGAUGAUGGCAAGACUGCCAUACUGUCCGGACUCUGCGCCUACUUUCUUCCCCACUGCCCUGCCUUCGUUUACCCCCAUCCCGACGGCAACCCCACUGCCCAGUAUCACUCCCUUCCCCUCGUUCACACCGUUGCCCACCGAGGAUGAAGGUCCCACAGGUCCCACCGCACCUGAGACUCCGACGACGCCGGGAGCUCCGACCACAGCUCCUGAUCCGAACAGUCCAACAGCGCCCGAUGGUCCCACUGUCGCCCCAGCACCAACGCCUGUUCCGGCUCCCAUUGCGAUUCCUCCUGGCACGGAGCGCAUUCUGGUCGAGUCUCGACUUGAGUUUGGUUUCUUUGACGGGGUGACGGCACGAGAACCAACACAAGAAGAAAUUGAUGGUUUAAUGGUUCAAACAACAGCGUUCUAUGAUCAGCUGUUGCGAGCUCAAUUUCCCAACCUCGACUCGUUCGAGGCAGUGUUUGUCCCGCCUGCCGAGUUCAACGCUGGCAAUAACCUGCCAGUCCUGAUCAAUUUCGAUGCUAACGCAUUCUUCCAGACAGGCACAACUGUUCCAUCAGCAGCGGAAGUUUUUGCGGUUUUGGAAGGCGCAAACUAUCAAGACUACAUCACCAUGUAUGUGUGGAACAGUGAGCCAGUGGGAGCUGGAAACAUCUUCUUUGAGACCCAAGAAGUGGCCUACAACGCUCGUGUCAGCCAAGGCUAAGGUUCAGCUGUGCGAACAAGAAAACGGCGGCCUGAGGAUCUACACAAUGCUUUCUAUAUAUAGUAUCUCUCAUGUAACAUUGAACAAAAGUUAUUUC